GCUGCUGCACGACGAUCCCGAAGCAGUGCACCACCACCCUGUCGCGCGGCCUGCAUGCACGUUGCCGCAUCAGGCGCUCUCGUAGAAAACACAUGGAGAGGCAAGAGGAGAAGAACAAGUGCUCGAGCUUGCAAUCAUAAGCCACAUCCGCCUGCGUCCAUUCCCGCCUGUCGUGAACGGUGGAGGCAGUCAGCACCGCAAAUUUGCUCCUCCUCAACACCGCUCCUCCGCCCCUCUGCAGGCUGAUAGACGAGUGCAGGAACUAGUACCACAUCCAGACCCAGCACCCGCUCCCUGGACCACUCUCUGCGCGCGUGCAUGCAUCCGGCUCCCUCGCCGUCAUGAGCGCACCGCAUACAAGGUCCCUUCGCGAUGUCACCAAAGCCCUACAGACCCAUUUCACCGGCUCCAAGGUUCCUUCGAGCCUGCCCAACGAGAGCCGCCGCAUGCUGCAGUCGUUCAUCGAUGAACACGAGGGCGAGAUCGAUCGUGACGAAGCGAGCCGAGCGAACCAGGACUUGAAAUCCUUCUGGGACAGGCACAUCGCGGGGAGCACGUCGCGGCUAGGCGCUUUUGUAGGCGUGCUGCGAGAGCUGCGACCUGCUCUGGUGAACGAGGAUGACAUAUUGGAAUGGUAUCAACUGGCAGCGAGGCCCGUGGUCAAUGCCACAGGUCACAAGAAGGCCGCUCUGGAAGAUGCGCAAGAGUUCAUUGCGAGCAUCCUGACAUAUGAUGACGAUGAGCCCGACUCCACGCAACGAGAGCGCACGCUGAGCCGGGUGUGCUCCGACUUGCUUAACAUGUACGUCUCGCGGACACGAGGGCUUACGGAAGAGGACGGAUACAUUGCACCUGAGCUCGCUCAAAUUUCUCAUCAAGUCGAGACUGUUCUGGUCAAUUUUGGCAAGAAGCACCCGAGGCGGCUCUUCUACGGCCUGGAUGACAUGAUUGUGAAGGCAGAUACGCGACUGCAGGGCUUGACGUUGCUCAGCUCUUUCCUCCGUCAUCAGGCGCCGCACCUAUACCAAGUUACGCGGACUCCACUCGUUGACAGUUUGUUGAAGUGUCUGAUGAACGACACUGACACGACAGUCCUCUCAGUUGCACUGACAUCCUUGAUCAUGCUCUUUCCUCAUAUCCCGGCUUCGCUCAAGGAUCGACUGCCACGAUUGUUCCUGGUGUACAGUCGUCUCCUGUGCUGGGAGCGGUUCUCAGCGCUAAGCGAUGAUGCCCAGAAGAGCUUGGUCACGGAUGAUCGCAUCUCAUCCAGCCCCUACGAUCAUGACGAUGUUGGAAUUGAUGUAUCCUGGGAAAAAUGUCGACCCCGCGAGGACUCAACAGAAGCGGCCACUCCAGAGCUCAAGAUGUAUUUUACUUAUCUCUACGGAUUAUAUCCGCUCAAUUUCAUGAGCUACAUUCGCAAGCCGCGCAAAUAUCUACGAACUGCCAACUUUCCCGGUGCCGAUGACUUUGAUCUGGACCAAGCGGUCAUCCGCAGCAGAAGCGAACAGUUCCGCCAAGUUCAUCUCCUUCAUCCCAACUUUUACAACCUGACCAUUGAGGAGGAGCUUGAUGACCCAAAGUGGCCAAAGACGGACCCAGCAGACGUGGUAGCAGAGUGUCAGGCCUUGGCCAUGGACAGUCAGAAGUCCGUCUACGCGAGCCCUGGGCCGCCGCCUACCAGCAAAUUACCUCCCUUGCCCCUUCCACCUGUACCACCCAUACCGGCACAAAGUCAUGGAGCCAUUUCCCCCGCGAUCAGUCAUACGAGUCUGCGCUCGGGAGCCAGCUGGCGAGAUACUCAGUCUACUGCUGUUGAUCCCGAGAGCCCAGUACUUGGCCCUGCAGAUAGCACAGAGCUGUCGCGGCCGAGAAGUAAAGGUGCAGGCAAUCCUUCAUUGGAAGACUUCCCGGUUCCGUCAAGUGGUGGUCAACCGAACCCAGAUAAGCAAGACUUGUCUCAGACGAAUCUAGCCUACCUGCAGCGGGAAUUGACUCUGGUCCGCAACGAGCUGAACUUUGAGCGUUGGCAUAAGGCGCAAUACUCGCAGCACAUCGGACAGCUCAUGCGCAAGAAUGUCAAGGAUGCGACUGUAGAGGCAGAGCACCUCAACUUGCUCAAUGCCAAUCGUGCGCUGAAGCAGCAGCUUGAGCAAGUGCGCAGCGCACGUGAAGCAACGAUCCGAGACUCCACCCUCACUCGCAAGCAGGCGAACAAUCUGGAAGCGAACAUGACGGAGCGUUUCAAUAAGCUGAAGAAGGAACAAGAAACAUGGGCAGCGGAUGCCGAGGAACUGCGCAAGCUUCGUGCGGAGAUGAAGACGUAUCGUGAUUUGUUGAGUGCAUCCGAGGCGCGCGAACUUCGAACCUCACAAGAUCUUGAAAUGGCCAAACGAGAUCUUGAGCAGGUGCGGAAGUUGGAAGAUCAGCUUGAGGAGGCUCGUCGAAAACUCCGCCAGUUGGAGUACAAAGAGUGGGACUUUGAGCAUUCGAAACGAGAGCAGGAGAUGCUGGUGAGCGAGAAGGAAACUCUGCAGAUGCGGGUCCGACGACAUGAACAGGAGAUGGAGCGCACCAAGCGCAUGUACAGUGAUCGCAUUGCGGAGCUGGAAGCAUCACUCGGGACCAGAGACAGCUUCGAUCGACCUACGACGUCUAUUGGAGGACACACAGAUGUGUCGGCUGCUCAUGCAGCAACGCUGCAGGAGCUUGAUGAUGCGAGAGAAAAGCUGGCCCAGCUGAAGAAGACACACUCUCGAUUACUUGAGCGGUUUACUGACAUGGAACUGGAGUACCAUUCGGUCAAGACGCAACUCGCACGCUUGCAGGGUGUUCCUGAGGAUGAUUACGAUGGGGUGAAGAGCACCAGUAAUGUGAGGCAGUCCAGGAGUAUGUCUGGUGGAGUUCGGCCUGGAGUCAUUGCCAGCAUCUACGACAUUGCGAGCGAGUACGAAGCGCCAUCGGAGACGAACUUGACAAGCAUCAGUAGAAGCGAUCCCACGCCGAGACAUCACAUGCCCAGCAUACCUGUGGCAACUGUCACGCCGCCUCGGAGUGAGGCCACAGUGGAUAAGAGUGCCGGCUUGACGUGGAAGCCUUCGGUUGCGAGGACCCAAAAGAGUGAUCAGAGUGAAUCUUCACUAGUGUACAAUCGGACUGCUCCUCUUGCGGCCGACGAGCAGAGUGUUCUUAGUGGAACCAGUACUGCCAGCGACGGCAAGAAGGCUAAGAUUGAUGCCAAGAGCGAGGUGCGAGUCUAUGGGCGUGGUGGAGCACAGAACAUCAAGCUGAAGUCCAAGGAUGAGCAGCCGAAGAAGGCAGAAAAGAAGGGUGGGUUCGGGAGUCGACUUGGGAAAGGCUUGGGGUUGGGUUGAGGAUGAACGUGUGUUCCAGCUCUGUGCGCAAUAGUUGGAGGGGGUGUAGCAUAGGAAAGAUGUACCACUUGGAAGGAUUUGGCGAG